UUUACUACACAGAGGUAUGUUGACAGCCCUCAGCACAACUCGCUUCCCAGGACCGAGCAUGUCGUCUGCAAGAAGCCCACUUUGCGCGGUAGCACUUUUCGCAUUGCUGGUUCUUGCUUCAACAUUUCUUAUGAGGAGUUGGCACUAUGAUCUCCAAGAAAAGAUAUUUGCCAGUCGACACCCUGGCGUGGAUUUUCUCUCAGUACAGAAUAUUUUAUUUAAAGAACUUCAGGAGAGACACGAAGAAAUUAUACCCUUCUACAUUGCGACGGAUGGGGACAAUCUACUGGAGUUUUCGGGAAACUUUGUGUCGUUCUAUCCAUCAAUAAAACCAGAUCGAAUGCGUAAAUAUAACCACAAAGAACAAAUAAUCGGAUCCAGUUCGCCUGAAGAUGUGGUUGGCUGCGACCAGCUCGAUGACAUGAAAGUUGUGGAUUUCCUCGGCUCGGGCUACACGAAAACUGUCGUCAAAGUGGACUUGCCAGAUGGAUUAACAAUUGCACUAAAAUCUAUCAACAACCAAGGCACUGACAUGAGAAAAUGUCUUGAGGAGUUUAAAGAUCAUGUGGGCUGCCACGAACUUGUGUCUUUCAAACUGAAGAAAGAAAUAGUCCUCUUGCAGAGAUUACAGCAUCCAAAUAUUGUAAAGCUCAAAGGUCACUGUCGGGAUAGAACACCAGCAGGAGGGAUCACUGCCAUCCUGGAACAGGGGACUCCACUACAGAUGAUUCAACUCCUGCAGAGUCCCUGGGAAGAGCGCUUUCGGGUGUGUCUCGGUGUGGUGCGGCUGCUGCACUACCUGUCCCAGUCUCCCCUGGGCUCGGUCGCCCUGCUGGACUUCCAGCCGCGGCAGUUUGUGAUGGUGGACGGCGAGCUGAAGCUCACCGACCUGGACGACGCCACUGCCAGGGAGCCCCUCUGCCGCAAGGACGCAGACUGCUUCCUCCAAUUCCCCCUGCGUAACUUCAGCGGCCGCUGCUCGGAGCGGGGGCGUUGCGAGGGCAUGAACGAGAUGCGGAACCUCUACAAUGCCCACAGGUAUUUCUUCCUUUACCUUCUACCUCACCAAGCUCCGCCUACACUAAGGCCUCUAGUUGAUCAGAUUAUGAAUUCAACGGCUGAAUUAAGAAACAACAUCAAUGGAACACUGGAGGCCUUUGAAGAGGUUUUCCACAUUUUCAAGUCUGGGCUCCACCUUGAGAACUUGCCUCCAACAUUAAUCAGGGAGUACACUUCCAUGCGCGGCGUGAGCAGUGCGGGGAAUGUGGACUACCGAUGCUGGCCCUCGUACAGCCAGCAGGGCUGUGUUCUGUCCGUGCACAGCGCCAAGGAGGCGGCCGCCAUCUGCCACUCCCACCCCCAGUGCUCCAGCUUCUCGCUCAGAGACCAGAGGACCUGGACAGGACGUCUACUCGCCACGUUUCGGAGCGGCUUCAGCCAUCUUGUUCCAGAUGUGCACUCGGUGGUGUACGUACGAAAGACCAAGGCAAGCCUGGGAGGAGGCCCACAGUAAAGGACCCACGUGACAUCUCAGAGAGGGGCUGAACUGAAUGGAGGAGACUGGGCUUUUGCUGUGUACUGGUUCAAGGAUGGGAGAGGAAAGAGGUGGAGGUGGUUGUGUGUGUGUGUGUGUGUGUGUGUGUGUGUGUGUGUGUGUG